AUGGAGAAUCCAUUCACACUCGUCGAGUAUUCAAGGGAAGAACUGUGCCCAGCAUGCAGAGACCUGCCGCCGGUCAAGCAUCUCCCAAGCUACGAGCAUGUGCUUCAUGACAACUUCAAUUCGUUUCUUUCGUGUCCCUGUCUGUUCUGUGUCUGGCUUCAGAAGGCCCAAAAGGCCGACCUGACAUCCCGUGACCGCGACCGUCUGAUCAAGGAGAACCCGGCCGUGUGUUUGUUCGGGAAUCUCCACGCCACCCCGCAAACCAUCAACCUGGGAAAUCAGCUGUCUGAUUUGCCCGAAGUGUACCUUCACCUCUUUGCCGAUCCCCGUAGGUUGCCCAAAGCAGGCAGGGAUCCCUUCCCUGACACUCGGUCGGAUCAAGCAUUCGAGGCCAUCAACGGCUGGAUCGAGAAUUGUGCUUGCAACCACGAGUCAUGCAAGCCACCCGAUGAUACACUCCUGCCCUCGUACAUUGUUGAUGUCGGUUCGUCUGGGCACGGCUGCUGCCGCCUCCUCGUGACAGGCGGGCAACAGAAGGGACGCUACGCAGCUCUGAGCUACGUCUGGGGCGUCUCGCUGCAGGACCAGCCCGUCUACUUGAGCAAAGAGAGCCAGCCGAGGCUCACGCACGAAAUCCCCGAAGACAAGCUGCCCCCGACGAUCAAGGACGCGGUUUUGGCCACACGGAAGCUCGGGAUCCGGUAUCUCUGGAUCGACGCGCUCUGCAUCCCCCAGGAUGACGAGGCCGUCAAGACGGCCGAAAUCGCCAAGAUGCACCGCAUCUUUGGCGAUGCCUUUGUGACCAUACAGGCAGCUCGCGCCAAGUCGGUCAAAGAAGGUUUCUUGCACCAGAUGCCACCGCCGUCAGACCUCCCUCACCAGAAACUACGCUACGACGGAGUCGACGACCCGGACCCUGGAUUCGUUUACAUGAGAGCCGCGCCGGUCUCGACCCAGGAGGGGCCGGUCGGCACGCGCGCCUGGUGCUUCGAGGAAGGCGUGCUGUCGAGACGCGUCCUGCAGUACGCCAAAGAGAGGAUCACCUACGAAUGCCUUGCGGGGAGGAAGUCCGACGACGGGAGUUGGAGGCCGAGAGGGACCUACACUGCCUCCGGGCCCGGCUUCUUCAGCCCGGCCUCGUGGCAUCAGGGAUCGCCCAUUUCCAACGACAAAAAGGUCAAAGAUCCCCGGUUGGACGUGCUUAGGGCGUGGUACAUGUGUCUGGACAACUGGUACACGCCCAGGUUCCUCACCAAGAAACGGGACCGCUUACCUGCGAUUGCGGGUGUAGCACGCCGUAUUCAAGACCGCGUUGGUGGCGGAUUUCUGGCCGGGUUGUGGGAAUCGGACAUGAUCUGGGGUCUCUUAUGGUCCUCGCGCCGCCUGAUUGGGGUCAAGUUUUUGAACAAAGAUAUUGAGAAGGAGUGGAAGGAGAGAUGGGGGGCUCAAACGCUUAUGGUGCGUCCUCAAGGCGAUGCUCGCGCACCUUCGUGGUCGUGGGCUUCUUUGGACGGGCCAACGUUCCAUCCCACACCUAGACGAUGGAGUGGAAAGCAUUGGUCUGUUGCAGAGAUAUUGCAUUAUCCAGUAGCAGCCGUUGGAAAUACCCUAGGGAAGUUGGAUGAUGACAGACUUAUACUCUCCGCGCCCGUUCGACGGGGACAUGUUGUCCUGGAUGGAGAGCGGAACACGGAGUUGCAGCUCCAGGUCAGAUCAUCUCCACAACAGGAAAUCAAGGCCCUGCUGGAUGAAGCCAGCGAAUCGUUCAUCGCUCUCGGGAAAUUCGACAUUGAAAAGAAUCUUCCGCAGACCGUCUGGUGUAUUCUCAUUCUCAACUCCAUGGGUCUCAUCCUUGUGCCGCACGGUGGCAAUGAAAGAACUUUUAGGCGAGUUGGUACUUUCGACCCAGUGGUUCCCUGGGAGACUGAGAGCAAGAUGGAAAUAUGCAUUCGAUGA